AGAUAUACAUGAUACUAAUUCAUCCUGAUUAGCAAAGAUAAUUGCUGACACUUCUUUUGACAUUUUAUUCCUUUAAACAUAUUAUCCAUCACGAGAAAAAUGAACCUACUCCUUUUUAGCUAAUUUUUGUUUGCUUUUUAUGAUUUUAAUGUUGAAACAGGUUGGUCGAAUGACAUUGGGUGGGCUGUUGGCUCUUGGGUAUACUGUUGUGGUUAGUUAUAAGCGUGCAUCGGCAAUUGUCAAUAAUGGCAAGGUUAACAUCUCUUUUGAGACCAUUGAUGUUCUUGGUGAGACGUUUAUGGUGAUGAGAGGAACUAAUAGAAAGACUGUCGGAACAGAAGCAUCAAGGAUGGGUAUUGAUGGACCUUGGAUUACCAAAUCAUAUCUGGAAAUGAUUCUGGAGAGAAAAGGUGUACCUCGUCUUAGUACUCCACCACUUGUGUCUAAUACUACUGUGGCUGCUAGUCAAGAAACAGCAAUCAUUGCCCCAAAGCCAAUCCGUGUUACUCCUAGUGUUGUUACUGGGUUUGAGGAUUUACCCCAGCCAUGGACUCGAUCGCCAACAAAAUCUAAAAUGGAACCUGUUGUGGCUGCAUGGCAUUUCAUAUCUUCAGAUUCCUCCCAGCCUGACAAUUCAGUUCUAGAUCCUUCAUCUUUCAGGGAUAGUAUUAGGCUUGCUCCAAUGCCUGAUUCAUUUGACUUGGACAGGGGAUUGCUUUUGGCUGUUCAAGCAAUACAAGCAUUGUUGGAGAAUAAAGGUGUACCGGUCAUAGUUGGAAUUGGUAAUAUGGACAUUUCUUGAUACAGCGUCCUCCUUCCUUUGUCUGUAGUUUUUGCCUAUCCCCAUUAGCGCACAAAUAUUUAAGAGGAAUAAGACUUCACCCUGAUAUAAUUUAUAUAAAGAGGCAUUUAAAGAUAAAUGACACUCACUUUGGCUAUUAUCGUUUUUGAAAUACCAGGUUGGUUCUUCACAUGCUUGCUGAUAAAGCUGGAAACUAAUUGAGCUGAAUCAAAAUAUUGCUAUCUCAAACUUUCUUAAAAGGAAAUGGAGUCCAUUAACUUGACUCAAGUGCAGAUCACCUCAAGCCCAUUACCCACCCCAUUUUCAUUAGCCAAAAUUGAUCCUUUUCUUAAUUAAAUAUUUUAGUCCAAUGAUUUCAGCUUGAAUGUGCAUGUAAAAAUCAUAUCGAGAUUUUUCUUUUGGUUACUGCUGUACUGAAUAAUUCUGAAUCAAUUUUGCUUCAUCUCAGUCUCAGCAUGCAUUUUUAACAACGGUAGUUCUAAUAGAAUCACUUA